AUGAAACUGGAAGAACAAACUAAAAUUAUAGAACAACUCAAAUAUAAUAAAAUAAUCGAAUCAACCAAAGAGUCGUUGGAGACGUUGCGAGAAAACGUUUCUAAAACUUACUAUCAAAUUGAUCCACACCUCAAACCAAAGAUCAAAUGUUUAACAAAUGAACUUAAGAUACGAGCAUUAGACGAACCUGCGUUAGUACUGCACUGUUUAAAGGUGCCACAGUUUAUACAAAGAAUGGAAAAACGGGCACGGGAGCGAGAGGAAAAACAUGCAUUGAUACGAGAAAGACGCAGGCAAAUGGAAGAAGAAAGAAUCAGAGUCAAACAACAGUCUGAAUUAGCCAAACUUGAAAUGGACAAGGAGGAGAAGACAAAAAGAAUGAAAGAAUUAAGAGAGAAAAGGAAAAGGGAAAAAAUUGAGAACAUCAGAAAAAAACAACACUAUGAAAGAAUGAGAGCUCUCGCAAAUUACCAUGAAUAUAAGUUGAAAAUGCAAGUGGCUGAAGAUUAUUACGAUUUAUUUCUAACACAAUUAGUAUUCAGAAAAUUUGGGGAAGGAAUACAAAUAAUACGAAAAGAAAAUAAAAUAAAAUGGAAUAAGGCAGUGUUGUAUCAUAAUGGUUGUGUGCUGUUCAAAGCAUUUACCUGCUGGAGAACAUUACCGGCACUUAAUGCAUUAAAGAGAGAACAAGAGAUGAGGAAACUAAGAUGGCGGAAAAAAGUUUUACAAGUUGUGCCUGAUUAUAACCCUCCAGAUGAA